AUGCACAAAACGGGGUCAUUAUCUCUCUUCUGUGCCGGGGUCGAUCAUGGCUCUCUCUCUCUCUCUCUCUCAGCUUUUGCUGGAUGGGACCAUUAUGACAGAGCGAUAUUUUUUGACUGGCCUCUCUGUUGGCUUGCUCCUCUUUUAUACGCUAUAAUGGAACAGUGCAUUCGUGACUGUGACGAAUUGCGGGGUUACCUGGUGAAACAUUACAAGAUUCUAACCAAAAAAGCAAGCGAUGGUGAAAAGGAAGUUUAUUACAUCACACCAAAGCGAACUUUCCGUUCACUUGAGGAACUUGUCAAUCAUUAUACAAUAGUUUCAGACGGCCUUUGCUGCAAACUUACACAAAUAUGCAGCAAACCAAGGUCUUUACUCUGGGCAAUGGAGAGAGGCAAACCUGAUGACUUUAUGACCACUAAGGACACUUUGCAGCUGGUCAAGAAAAUUGGCAGUGGUCAGUUUGCUGAAGUGUAUUAUGCCAAGUGGAACAACCAGGUGGAGGCAGCUGUAAAGAUGCAAAAGAAAGACUGUGUCACGACCUCUGCCUUUUUGGACGAAGCCCAGAUCCUGAAAACGAUCCAGCAUGUAAAUAUAAUCAAGUUGUUGGCAGUGUGCAGCGACGAACCUGUUUAUCUGGUGACCGAAUUCAUGCCCAACGGACGCCUUUCACAGUACCUGCGUGAAGGGAAAGGAAAACAAUUAGGGGUCAACAGUCUUCUCUGGCUUGCUGCUCAGAUUGCAGACGGAAUGGCAUAUAUGGAAAAGGAGAAUUUUGUGCACAGAAAUUUGGGUGCACGUAACAUUCUUGUUGCUGACCAAAACAAAGUUAAAAUUGCUGGUUUUGGAAUGACCAAAGUGGCUGAUGACCCUGACUAUAAUUUCAGGAAAGGUUUGAAAAUGGCGGUAAAGUGGAUGGCUCCUGAAGUACUGUUAUAUAACAAAUACAGCACAAAGGCCGAUGUAUGGUCAUUUGGAAUCGUCUUGAUGGAAAUAUUUUCAUAUGGAAAGGAACCCUAUGAUGGUAUGGGAAGCAAGGAAGCAUUUGAAAAUGUCCAGUCAGGUUACCGCAUGCCUUGUCCUCACUGUUGUCCGACUGAGAAUGAACGAUUUGGUCCACCAACAAUUUUUUCUUUUUUCUCUCUGACACUCUCUCUCUCUCCUUUCUCUCUCUCUCUCUCUCUUUUCCUUUCCUUUCCUUCUCUCUCCACUCUCUUUCUUUUCUUACUCUUUUUCUCUGUCUUUCCUCUCUCUCUCACUCUCUUCCAUUCUCAAUCUCUUCCUUUCUUUCUCUCACCUCUCUCUUCUUUUCUUUUUCGUUCUCUCGCUCUCCAUUUCUUUCUUUCUCCCUCUCUCUCUCUCUCUCUCUCUCUCUCUCUCUCUCUCCCUCUCUCUUCUUUUCUUUCUCUUUUCUCUCUGCCUUUCCUCUCUCUCUUUCUUCUUUCUUUUUCUCUUCCUUUCUCUCUCUCUCACUCUCUUCCUUUCUUUCUCUCACCUCUUUCUCUCUCCCUCUCCCCCUCUCUUUUCUUUUUCUUUUUCUCGCUCUCCAUCUCUUUCUUCCUUUCUCUCUCUCUUCCUUUCUCUCUCUCUCACUCUCUUCCUUUCUUUCUCUCACCUCUCUCUUCUUUUCUCUCUCUUUCUCUCCAUCCCUCUCUCUCUCUAUUUUUCUUUCUCUUUUCUCUCUGUCUCUCCUCUCUCUGUUUUUUCUCUCUGUCCUUCUCUUCCUUUCUCCCUGUCUCUCCCUCUCUCUCUCUGAUACACAUUCACACACCCUUUGUAGCCUGGUUUCACCCACUUUUGGAACGGGUUCUCUUUCGCAGUAAAAAAUAA